CAUUUUUUUGCUUCCUUUCCUUUUGGUCCUCGGAGGAUUGAAGAAACCCUAAUUUGAAUACUAAUCUUCUCUUCUCUCGUGUCUACCAUCUCUCUCUCUCUAAACCCUAAUUUGAAUACUAAUCUUCUCUCGUGUCUACCAUCUCUCUCUCUCAUCUGCGACAAUGAAUGCUGUAUCCAACAUUGACGAUUUCACCCAAGACAACACCGAGGGAAGCGAUUCUGAUUCCAACGCCGACGAAUUGCCAGAAUACUAUCAGCCAAUUUCCAGCGGCGACGACGAACAUGACGAAGAUGUUUCGGAUCCCGCGGAUUCCAAUCACAACGACUCCGAUUUUCAUCGCUUAGCAAACGGAUAUGCACAGGGCCUGGGAAAUGAAAUAUGCUCCAUCGAUCUAAGCGAUGGAGAAGAGGAAGGACAAAACAAUGAAGGCGAAGGAGGAGAAGAAGAGGCUGCUUCCGAAUCGGAGAUCGUGAGGGCGUUCAGAGAGGACGAGAGCCGUCGCAAUGCUCCGUUGCCGCCGGAGGCCGCCGCGAGAGUCGUGGAGGCGAUGCGCGGAGUGUCGUUCAGCGGAUUGGCUCCGGAUUGGGCGGAUCGAGUGCCGGAAGAUCAGUGGAUCAAUCAGCUCAGAGGAUUGAGAAACAGUUCGUGAUUGAGAAACAAUUCUGAGGAGAGAUGUUGACUAGUUUUUUGUUUUUCGUUUUCCAUGAGAUUAGUUUCUUCUCUUGUCUAUUUGGGGAGAAGAGACUUGAAUUUGCUGUACGAAUAAUUUGGCAAGAAAUUGAGAGACUGGGAAAUUAUAUGUUACGCUGCUUACAAUACAGCCAAACAAA